UUGUACCUAUUCAACUCUUCUCUAAAAUUCUACAAUGUUAACUUUAACAAAUAUUCAUUUUCUGCAGUGCCUAUAAAUAACUGAGAUUUUUGACAGGAAAUGGUGAUGAAAACGCCUGUUUUACUGCUGCUCGGUGUGUGUAUUCUAGGAACAAGUAAAGGAAUGAAUCCAUGCAUUUCAGCAUCUGGAUCAGGAUGGGACAGAUACAAUGGACACUGGUAUUAUUACUCUAAUCAAACUCUGAAUUGGAUGGGAGCCCAGAUGUAUUGCCGACGUCAGGGGGGAAAUUUGGUACACAUCGAUGAUGCCCAGGAGAACGAUUGGCUAUCUUCAAAGUACACUGAAGAAUCCAUAUGGAUUGGAGUGGACAGCCAGGCUAAUGAUGGUGUAUGGCGCUCAGUAACCACUGGAGAAAAGGCACCGUACAUCAAUUGGUCAACAGGUAACCCCGACAACGCCGAAGCAAAGCAGCAUUGUGGAUCUUUGAACUGGCCUGGUAAGGGGGACUGGGACGACAACAACUGCUCGAAAAAAUUUCCCUUCAUCUGCGAAGUAGUAGGUUAUAGAGAUGACCCGCAGUCAUGCAGCAAUAUUUGUGCAAAAUAAAAAUCUUCAUUGCAAUAUG